AUGGGACAUACAAUUGAUGUUUGUUGGAAUGUACAUAAGUCGCAUCAUCAAUUUUUCAAUCCAACGCCAUUUGCAGUCAUUGCUGAUGAAUACUUGGAUCAAUUUGUACGUGCGUUACCAUUAGUAGUUUUACCUGCUUUGAUGCCAGUUAAUAUGGAUUUAUUAUUUUUUCAAUUUGCAACAUUUUUCUAUGGCUAUGGUAUUUAUCUUCAUUGGGGUCAUGAAUUUUCUUAUCCAGAUGCUCAUCAUCCUAUUAUUAAUACAUCGUUUCAACAUUAUUUACAUCAUUCUAUUUCAAUUAAAAAUAAACCUUAUCAUACAGGAUUUUAUUUUAAAAUUUGGGAUCAGUUAUUUGGUAGUAUUUAUCCAAGAGAAAAAUGUUUUUGUGUUAAAUGUCAAAAACAACAAGGAUUACGUACACAGGAUGAAUUUAAUAAAAUAGAAAAACCAGAUUAUAGUGUUUUGUUAAAUUGGAAUUUUUGGUUUAAUGAAAAACAAGUUUAA